AUGGAGAAGCUAAAUCCAUUUCAAGAAAACAAUCCUCGGAGUUUACUCGAGCUCGCAAAAAAGUUAAAUGAAAGAAGGUUCUUUGAGACUUUUCUUAAUGACGCACAGUUUAAAAUCGUUGAUUACAUUCUUUCUUUAGAUCAAGUGGAAGUAUGGAGUCAAUUUCUCGAAGGAAACUGUUAUGUUCAGUACAAAUAUCUGGAUAAGAUCGAGAAACCCGUCUUGAAUGCCAUUCUAGAAGAUGGGGUAGAUGAUGACGAGGAAGAGGAGGAGGAAGAAGAAGCAGCAGCAGGAGGAAAAGAAGAGAGGGUAAAUAAAGGAGCUGGAAUGGGAGGCAAACAUAGAAAACAAGAUAGUGUAGCUGAUGCUAAAUCUAAUACAAAGAUUAAACAGGAGAAUGGAAAUAAGAGAACAGGAACUGUUAAAACCUAUGAAGCACAGCGAGCAGAGGAGAAUGUUGAAUUGUCAUUUGAUGAAGGUAUUAAAAUGAGCAAGAAAUUGGCGCUACAUAUUCGAUAUUUACUUUGGGAGAAAGCUAUUGAUUUUUAUUAUGAUACUCAAGAGUUGAAUCAAAAUGAGACAGGUGUUGGCAUGUCCAUUAAAGAAGUAAGUGACGAUUACGAGCUUAUGGAUUCUAUGCAAUAUGAAACCGCAGAGCACAAAAACGAGCCUCCAAAGGUUGAUGCAACAAAAAACGUGCGAGAGGUUGAAGAUGAUUAUGAUGAUUAUGACGACGAGGAUGACGAGGAUGAGAAAGAAGAGGUAGAUAAGAACAAAAAGGAUAAUGGUGAUGGUAAUAAGGGUCUGGAUGAGGAAAACCAUUCUAAUUUUACUCAAAGUUCUCAGGAUAAUGAACUUGAGUAUAAUGAAAAGAAGCAACUUGUACUAAAAGUACCGGUACUGAUAUUCGAGAAUGCCACAAAUGCAGGGCAGACGGAUAAAGGAACAUUCCUGCCGCAGCUGCCGUCCUAUUCUUCUUCUGCUACUGCGGCUGCUGCUGCUACUUCAUCAUCAUCUUCCUCGUCUUCGGCAACGACUACUGCUAUGCAUACCGAAGACAAAAAAGCUGACCAGGACAAUCUCAUAAAGGAAUUCAACAAAGUAUACCAUAAUUUUGAGUACGAUAGAGAGACGCUUUUCAAAAGACGAAAAUUGGAGCAAUCGGAUCUUCGGCUCGAAAAGAAAGAUGAGAAGAAUGGCAAAUCCGCAACCCAUGCAAUGAAUAUAGCCCUAGGUCUUACAUCAACAUCGCUUCAGCAUUUGCUCUCUACUAUUCAUUCCAAACGAAAUAAAGUUGCUUUGAAUGAUCAUGAGCUUCGAAAUUUGUUUAUGGAUGUUCGCAAGAAUCGAGGGAAAUGGGCCAAUGAUGAUAGGGUGGGUCAAGAAGAGUUGUAUGAAGCAUGUGAGAAAGUUGUCACCGAACUCAGAAACUAUACUGAGCACUCGACUUUUUUUCUUAAUAAGGUAUCGAAACGUGAAGCACCCAAUUAUGGUUUAAUAAUUAAGAAACCAAUGGACUUGAACACUGUUAUGAAGAAAUUGAAAAACUUGCUGUACAACUCUAAAAAAGAGUUUGUUGACGAUCUAAUGUUGAUAUGGUCCAACUGUUUAACUUAUAAUGCUGACCCGAAACACUUUAUACGAGCGCAUGCUAUAGCGAUGCAGAAAAAGACCCAGAAGUUGGCACCAACUAUACCCGAUAUUACUAUCAAGACUCGCGCCGAGUUGGAAAAGGAGGAAGAAGCUGAGGCCGAAGCCGAGAAAAAAGGAGGCACAACAGGGAGUGUGGAGCGGGCCACCGAAAAGGACAAUGAAAAUGCGAGUGGGUCAUCUUCUGGGAAGCACACAUCGAAAAAGGGCAGGAAAAGAACGCGACAGGAUGAGGUGAAGACCGAAGAAGUAAAGAAUCAAGACCCUAAUGGAACCAGGGGUAGCACUCCAAAUAUUGGAAAUGGUACACCAGUGGAGGAAAAACCUAAUGGAGUGCAUGAAGCAGAGGAGGAAGACGAAGAGGAAGAUGAAAACAUGGCAUCAUCGUCAGGUGCUAUGGCAGGCGCAGUUGGUGCGGAAAAUGAAGAAGACGAGUUUGAUCCAGAACUUCAAGCUUGGAAAACUUUAACAUCCAAAUCAAGAGCAAACUAUUGUGAGCAGCGAUCCAAAUUAUUUGAUGAAAGAGGAUAUCUUCGCUCUGAGGCUCCAGCGAUUAUCCGAAAAUCUGAUGAGAUGGCGCAUUUCAAUGAAUACUUGUCAAACGAAGAAGUCAUUUCAAAAGCAAAAAGUUUGCUAGAAAACGAUGAGCCAUACAUGAUGGAGUACGAUGUUAGUGGAGGUGUUCCAGGGUUCGCUUAUAGUGGUGUCACCGAAGAACAAGAGGAGGCUUCUGAGAACAAACUAGUAGAUAUUUAUUUGCAACAAACAGGUGGUGACGCAUCCAAAAUCAAGUCUGAUUUCACAUUACUGCAAGACUCUGGGUUGAACAAACUAUAUGUUGAAAACAUAACUGAGAUACAGGAGAUUCGUAAAAUAUGUUUCAAGAUUUCUUUAAUCCGACAAAUGCAAACACAACAGUUUGUUCACCACACACAAAUGAAACAACCUGAAAUAGAACAUAUCAAAGAAGUGGAUACGGAUGCUGCUUCGAAAUUGCCAAAUCACGACCCAUACACUCAUGAAAUCCAAUAUUGCGUACUCCGUCGAAAUGUCGCCAAGAUUGCAAUGCAAACAGGGUUUGAAACUGCAGCGCCGUCUGCAAUCAAUACCUUGGCUCAAAUUGCCGAAAAGUACAUUGGAAACAUUGCCAAAUCAUUGAAACUUCACACUGAAACCAAUUCGAGAAACCGACUUAAUGACCCUCAAGAGGUUUUGUUAUUGUCUCUUUUGGAGAAUGGAGUUGACAAGCCAGAUGACUUGUACACGUUUAUUCAGGAAAGAGUUAUGAAACAACAGGAUAAGUUAAAGGAUUUGCGAGUUAAACUAUCAAACUUUCUCAAGGAUUUGUUACGACCCGGCUUGGAAAAUUUCAAUGAGAAAAGUUUUGCCGAUAAUAGUGAGCAGUUUAUGACUGGUGAUUUCUCAAAUGAUCUUGGUGAUGAUUUCUUUGGUUUUAAAGAGUUGGGUUUGGACAAGGAGUAUAACAUGUUGACGUCGUCGAUACCUAUACACCUCCUUCAUUCACGUUUGCACAAUCAAUUCAGCUCCACAGGUGGAGCUAAUAAACGUCACAAAUUUGAAGACUUGCAAGAAUACGAACCAGAAAAACUUCACGCCAGUGAUGUGGAAAAACAAAUUGGAUUAUUGAAACCAUUCUAUUCCAAACUUAAUGAACGAUCCAAACAGCAGCAUAUCAAGUUGCAGAAGAAAAAAGGCGAGAGUCUUGACUUACCAGACGACAAUUUGUUUGUUUUGAUUGAAGAUGAAGAGUUGCCUCAAAAGCAAAGAAACAUACGUCCUAAAUUACCACCAACUGGUAAGAUUACGGCUAUUAAGAAAAAAAUCAUUGCAAACUCCUUUUUCUUAAAAGAGGAAGACGAGUUGCCGAAACUUGAACCUAUUCCCGUGGCUGGUAAACAGGCAGUACCGAAAACGAGUGAUGCUGAAAAGUCCAAUCAAAAAGAGGAUAAAGUAAAUGAUUCAUCUAAGGAAUCUAAUGAUGAAGGGGCCAAAAAGACAGACUCAGAAGAGAAGAGCAAAGAAAAUAAAGACAUUGCAAUGAAUGGUACAGCAGAUGAGAAGAGUCUAAGUAUCGAAAAAGAUGCAAAAAUUAUAGACUCUGAACAAGUCAAAGGAUCGAAAGAUGAAACCAAAGAUGAAGGCAAAGAUAAGGAACCAUCAAUAGAUGGAGGUAAGGAGGAUGGGUCAUCAAAAGUUGAAGGCAAAGAUAAGGAACCAUCAAAAGAUGGAGGUAAGGAGGAUGGGUCAUCAAAAGAUGAAGGUAAAGCUGAAGAGUCAUCAAAAGAUGAAGGUAAAGCUGAAGAGUCAUCAAAAGAUGAAGGUAAAGCUGAAGAGACAUUAAAUAAUGAAGCAAAAAAAGAGAUUGUGGAUGAAGAUGCAGGUAAACAUCCAACAAGUGGACACAAGAAAGACGUUAGCGACGAAAACACAGUAAAUGUUGAGAAUGUUGAGAAUGUUGAGAAUGAUGACGUUGAUGUCGAGAUGAAGGAUACGGAGGACAAGAAGGACACAGCUAGUGUCCCGCCCGAGGCGCCGAAUAAAGCGUUGGACACGGCAGACCUUGACAGCAAUCGUGAUAUUGCUCAUGAAGACUGA